AUUGCAACAACAGAUGACAUCAGAGAUAAACAACACUUGAAAUCACUCGAAGAACCCGUUUUUGUCUCCAAAUUGUCUUAAAUUUACCACUUUUUAUGACAUCUGUAUUGACUUCUUAGACGUGUCGGUCGUUGACGUGUGUGUCGAUCGCCCGAUGAAUUGAAUUGAUCCCAAGAUCACCCAUCGGUAGCCACUCAUCACACGGUGUGCUCAAUGAGCAGCCAAUCGGCCGAAGAGUCGUCGGCCGGCGACGACUUGUCCAACGGUUUGGAUGCGAUGCGAGUCCAGUGCCGAGCGGUCGGCGCCACCGCUUUGGAUGUGUUGGUGAUGUCAGAGUCGGGUAAACCUGUCUAUUGUUACUCCAGACGCGAAGACUGGAUCACAUUAACGGGCGUUUGUGUGGCGCUAAUCCAUGUGACCGAUAGUGUCCACAACGACACCAUUCGCCACAUUCAGACCGCUUCCGGACUGAAGAUCACAUUCUCUCAUAAGUCACCACUCAUUAUAUGUCUGGUCUAUCGGAUCAAUACAGGCAUCGACUCGUCGAUUGUCAUCAAUCAAGUGAACGCACAGAUCAUAUCCAUUCUCACGGCGAAGACACUGAAGUCGGUCUUUGAACAAAGACAGACAUUCGACUUAAAGAGACUACUAUCAGGAAGCGAGAAACUGAUCGACACAUUGAUUGACGUGAUAUUGACUCCAAUCGAUGCCAACAAAUGUGAUCAACAAAUGGCCAAAAGUCACAAUAAGCCGAAUCAAGUGAACGCGUACUUGACUUCGUCGACGACCACAUUCCGCACGAUUAACACCCAAUCGGUGGUCAACACCCGGAACCACAUCACGGGUCGCGCCUAUAUUCCCGUCCGCCUUCUCUCCACAUCACUGCGCGAAUCCGUUUACAAUAUCAUCACUUCGUGCGCCUCUUCGGCGCCGAACGUUGUCUUCAGUUUACUCUUCUCUGUGGACAAGAGAGCGCCCAAAGAAAACGAUAACACAUUCAACAACAAUGAAAUCCAAUUAAUACUCGUCUGUAAUCACAACUCGAAGGCCAGAAUCAACGCAUUGGACAUACAAUUGAUCUAUUCGUUGGUAAUCGCGUCGGAGUCCCAGUUAUCG